AAGAUGAAAAGGGAAUUGUCUGAAGUCUAAACAUGGCCGUUACUGUUACAUUUCUUCCAGUACUCUUUCUGUUCCCUGUCUACCUCUGGCCCUUCGUAACGCAAGCAAACCAGUUUACUGUCGAUUGCUCUUUCGGAAAGCCAGACUUGGCAAGUAACCUUACAAUGUCUGCCAUGGUUACAGGCAGACUUGCAGCUUCCAAAUAUGUGAGCAACUUAUGUGUCGUGAAGACAAGUGGACCAAGCCAUCAAAAACGCUUCUUGCAGGUGAAAGCCAAAAUUGUGAACAGCGAAUCGAAUGGAUUUUUGCAUGCAUCAGUAUAUGGAGCAGAUGAACCCCACUUACUGGGCAACUUGGAUGUUUGGAAAUCAAAAGGUGACUGGAGUUCUCUCAUCAUAUGUCCGUCGCGUGACCAUAGUAACAAAGAUCAAGAAAAACAUCUGUUAUUCUCAGGAACACCAAACCAUGCUUUUAAAGUGCAGGUAGAAAGUUCUGUUUCAGGAAUAGUCCUCAAUAAACCACUGACUUUCGAUUUAGGUCCAUAUGAAUCAAUCAAAGUAUUUCAGUUCAUCCCAACAGAAGACAUCUCAGACAAGCAGCUUGACGUCACUGUCACUUCUGAAUCUGACGUACCAGCUUACCUAAAAGUAUCGCGUGACUGUAAGGAUGUCGAUAAGAAUAUUGACGUUGUCGACUAUAGGGGAGGGUCAAUUCGUUUGUCUUUUGCCAAAAAGGGACGGAUUACUUUGUCUAGAGUUUCUAUUCCACCAUUGACUGAUUCCACCUCAAGCUGGUUUAUUGGAAUUGCAAUUAAGAAUGCCACAGGUGAGACUCCAGCUGAGGCGACUAAGACUGUGACAUUAACUUUGAAAAGAUCAUUUGAUUAUUCCUUCUUUUGGCCUAUACUUCUCCUGGUCGUAGUGUCAGUAGGCUGUGGUGCCUUGGUGGCAUGCUUCGGUAUUUGCAGCUUUCCGAUCUCAGAAGAAGAGGGAAUGAAAAACCUGUAUGAAGUUUAUCAAAGAUGGCGCAAGGAAGAUCCUAAACCAUACUCAUACAUAACUCUUAUUGUAGGCCUUUUGUCGACGAUUGUUGCAGGCUACUUUGUUUUCGCCAAGUGGCAUCUGAUGAUACAAGAAGGAGACAGAGACACUUGUUAUUACAAUGACUUUUGUUACAGAGUCAGAAAGUAUGGUGAUUUUCCAAUCAAUUUAAUGUUAAGUAACUUAACAUAUAUGAUUCAUGGCCUAAUUCUAGCUAUUUCUGUGAUGUAUAUGGAGGCACAACAAUUUUCUCGUAAUCAUGAGCAGGCGUUUUCGAUGGGUUAUGCUUUUGCCUGGGCUUUAUUUUUUGAAGGUUGUUUGUCCUUUGUUUAUCAUCUUUGCCCAACUAAGCUGACGUUUCAGUUUGAUACAUGGUUUAUGUUUGUCAUUGCAGGAUUGAUCGUUGUUUUGUUGUACAAUGAAAUAGAAAUGAAAGAGAAUUCGGGAGAAGGGGAAAUAGUUGGCGCAGCCAGUUUCUUCCUUUUCUUCCUAGUACCUCUGUAUAUUUGUAACUAUUUUGGCACACUGAGUCAUUCAGAAGCUGGGCUGGUUAACUACGCGGUUUUUUUUGUUUGUUUUGUAAUUUGGUGGAUUUUAAUUGCUAUCUGGACGUUUCGGAAAGUGGGCCUAGAUUGUUGUUCAUGGAAGUGUCUUUUUUUUUUCAUAGCUUUUGCUAUACCAUUCGUUUUAUAUGGGUUUAUUGUAAGAAAUAUUCCUGAAGCUUUCUUGUUAACCUGUAUUAUAGAAGACAUUUUUGCUAUUAUAGGCCAUGUUUGUGUUAACUGGGAAAAAAUCAAUUGGGCAGGAAGGGCAAAGACUAAGUGCAACAUUGUUAUUCAGUUUAUUUAUGUAGUGUUCAUGGUUAUUUUGUGGUUUUAUGCUGGUGAUAUUUUUUAUGAAAAAGCGACAACAGAUAAAUCGCUUACUCCUGAAAAAUCAAGAGAUCAUAACCAAGAGUGCAAAAUUUUGAAUUUUUUUGACGCCCAUGACCUCUGGCACAUUUUGUCAUCCCAUGCUCUUCUUAUGUUAGCGUAUGUGGUCAUGUUUAUAAGUCACAAGGAUUAA